AAAUAAAACUGUUGAUGGAUGGUGAUUGGGAGAAAAUAAAAAAUAAAAAAAGGAUUAAAAAACAAGAUUUAGAUCAGAGAGAAAAAUGGGUAAAAUGUUGGAAUGAAUGGAUUACGGAGGCUAUGCGUAGGGAAAGAAAGUCCGAAUUGAAACAGAUGGCAGGGGGAAAAGAUUUGUCCGGGGACGUGGGAAACAGGUAUGACAAUGCUGGUUGUGCCGUUGAUGACCCCACAUUUCCACCCCCAUAUAGACCUAGUGAUGCUUCACCCUCCUGUCUAUAUCCAUCAUUACAGACGGAGUUACGGGCCCUCCAGAUGGCAGACCUCGAUCUAGACUCCCGUCCUCCUCCAGCAGCGGGCCAACCAGCAGCGGGCCAACCAGCAAAUCUGCCCGCGAGUCAGCCAAGACAACUCGCCAGUCAGCAUCAGCCCACGGUGAAAGCUGCCUUACCCCCAGUAGCUGACAGACUCCUGCACCAGUUCCAGCCAGGACAGUGGGUGCUGAUUAGAGAUACCAGGAGACGUCACUGGAGAGACAAGCGGUGGAGAGGUCCGUUUCAAAUUCUGCUGGUGACUCACACUGCCGUAAAGGUCCAGGAACGUGACACCUGGGUCCAUUUUACGCACUUCAAGGUGUUCACUGGAACACCACCCGAGCAGCAUCCUGGUUCUGAACCUCCUACCUAGAGGAGCUUCCAACGACCGCCCACCUGUACCAGACUGGUAACAGGGCAGCUUGAAGCGCAGAAGCCACUCAGGAGUCAGCAGGA